CGCAGUGAAAUUCCCACAGCUCCCGAGCGACCCGCUUCUGGGACCGGUUCGCGGUCUUUCUCCUGCUCGGAUUCACAGCACCUACUCGGGAGUGGUGUGUAAGCAGAGGGUUCCAGACCAAAAUCAAAAAAAUGGUCAGCCUUUCGCAGCUAAUGGAGAAUGAAGUAUUCAUGGCCUUUGCCUCCUACACGACAAUUGUGCUUUCAAAAAUGAUGUUUAUGAGCACUGCAACUGCAUUCUAUAGAUUGACAAGAAAGGUUUUUGCCAACCCCGAAGAUUGCGCAGGCUUUGGCAAAGGAGAAAAUGCCAAGAAGUAUCUUCGGACAGAUGACAGGGUGGAACGUGUUCGAAGAGCCCACUUGAAUGACCUUGAAAACAUUGUGCCAUUUCUUGGUAUUGGCCUUCUGUAUUCCUUGAGUGGUCCAGACCUGUCUACAGCCAUCCUGCACUUCAGACUGUUUGUCGGAGCACGAAUCUACCACACGAUUGCGUAUUUGACACCCCUUCCCCAGCCAAAUCGUGCUUUGGCUUUUUUCAUUGGCUAUGGAGUUACAUUGUCAAUGGCUUACAGACUGCUUAAGAGUAAUCUGUACCUGUAAAGAGAAUCAUACAACUCAUCAUCCAAUGAUUUUCUAAAAAUUCUGUACUUCCAAUUUGUAAUGAAUCCUUUUAUGAUUUUAAGUGGGAGGGGAGCAGAGAAAUUAAGUUAGAGAAAACCUAGUCUACAUAUUAAUACUGCCAAUAUUCUUUAUUCCUGUUUUGUAUUUACACAGGACAUUUAACAUAAUUUUUAAUUCCUUUGUCUUAUUCAUGAAGUACUUUGUCAUAAAUUUUUAUUAUAAUUUGUAACAUUUGUUCAACAUUUCAUAUUUUAAAUCUUUAAAAAGAGUAAGUACAUGUAUAUUAAACCUGUAUUUCAAAAUUGAUGAAAUGGGCAUAUGAAAUAAAGAAUUCAAAGGAUAA